AUGCUGCGGCUUACCGGACUUGACAAUCACGGAAGUGGCGCCCUCAAUUUGUCCCUAUUCGUCAGGAGCAUGCUCUCUGAUGAAGCGAAAUGGCAGGCUAUCCAGGUAUUCUGUCAGUUUGUUUUAGGUUCAAAAGAAGAGGCAGAGCGGGCUCGGGAAAUAGAACCUGGGGCCCCUCAGAUGAGAAGAAGAAGAACAGGCAGGCGCAGGCGCGACUUCGUGCGUGCUCCGGACAACUCGCAGGUUCUCAUCCAGAGAACCAUUAGUGAGGAGACGAGGGUCCUGAGCGCCGAGAACCAGCAACUGAGGGAGAAGCUAGAAGAGCUCACGCAGAAAGUAGAGAAGCUGCAGAAGUCUUCCGGACCUCCAAACAUGGAGGAGUUAGAGGCGAGCAUCCUACGUAAGCUGGGAGACAGGGUGAAUGCCCGCAUUGAGGGGCUCGAGCCGAGGCUCAACCCUGCGCCGUUGCUUCGGCCUCCGCUGGCGGCUGACAAGAAGAGAAGGGAAAAGAAGACUGACCCUCAGCCUGAAAAGGAAAUGAAGAAGAUUACUAAGGCGAAGAGUAACAAGGAGGAUCCAAGGCCGCCGAACCCAGACUCUCUGGAGGAAACCUGGGCCACGGUGGUCAAAAAGAAGAAGAAGAAGAAGGAAAAGUCGCAUCCGCAACCGGCACCGGGAAAGGCAACCAAAGCCAAGAAGAGUCCCAAGGCUAAGGCGAAGCCUAAACUCAAGACUCCCCGGUCGUCGGCAAUAGUCCUCACCCUCACGGACGUGGGAAAGGAGAAGGCGAUGCUGAACUAUCAGAAAACCCUGCUCAUCGCGAGGUCUAAGAUAGAUCUGAAGGAGAUCACGGGUCUGGAGACCCUCAGAGUCCGCAAGGCGGCAACGGGGGCCACAGUGCUGGAGCUCCCUGGGGCGAACAGCGGCUCCAAAGCCGACGCUCUGGCUGAAAAGCUGGGGACUUUGUUCGGCGAGAAGAUGAAGGGGCUCCUAUGGAAACAUAGGCAGAAGAAGGCCAAGACGGCGAUACGCGCGCGCAAGCUGUGCGACAUCUGCCCUCGGCUCGGGGCUGGGCAAAGGCUUAGCUGA